UAUAUUUAAAUUUUAAGGAAAUACAAAAUAUAAUAAUACUACCUAUGAUUUAUGAAUCAUUUGAUUUCAACACAACACGCCGAUCAGUAAGGUUGUCUGUAAGUUUUGUGUUCUUUUUAACUUUUUACAAAAUGGGUAAAGAUUGGCGUUAUGGGAGAAAAGCUAGACGUAAGUUAAGUGCACCUAAAAUAAAAAAACAUCGAUUACAAAAUUUACAGAAUAAAAAAAUUGAUAUACAAAAUAACUGCGGUGAUCAGGAAAAUACACAUUUGCCAGAAUCUGAAAAUGUUUUGACAGAUAACAAUAUAGAACUUACUACUGUGAAUCGUUGUAUUAUUAUUUCGCCGCAGCAUUAUUUCUGUUACGCCGUCGAUAUUAUCGAGUCCGCAUUGCAAUGUUAUUGUUGUGCCACGUUACACAAGUAAUAAUAACGAAACCGAGAUUGAAACUUGAGAACGGUUAAUCUUAACAGUAUAAUCCGGACACGGCCAAACAACAGUUGCAGGUGAAGAUUACGUGCUCGAAGAGAAAUGGAUACGAUGAGUUAAAACAAUACGAAGUGCAG